AUGGAAAAGAUGAUCAAGCAUCAAGAAUUGGCCAAUAAGAACCAUGAAGCUUCACUGCAAAAUCUAGAAAAGCAUAUUGGACAAUUGUCCAAGCACACAGUGGCUGAAAGAGCACCCAAUGCACUAUCAAGUGACACCAUUCCCAAUCCCAAAGAAGAAUGUAAAGCAAUCCAAUUAAGGAGUGGAAGAACCUUUGAGAAUGACAAAGAAGCUAACAAGUGGCCAGCAGAGAAUGAAGAGGCUAAAAGCAAGGAGGAGGUGACAACAAAAGAAAAAUACCAAAAGGAGUCCAAAAGAUUCAACAUGGGGCUAAAGGACCAACAAUUUCCUAAGUUCCUAGAAGUCUUUAAGAAGCUAGGAAUCAACAUCCCACUUGCUGAAGCAUUGGAGAAAAUGCCUUUGUAUGCAAAAUUUCUAAAAGAACUCAUCAACAAGAAGAGAAGCUGGAAUGAAAAAGAGACAGUGAUCUUAACACAAGAGUGCAGUGUAGUGAUUCAAAGAGGUCUCCCACCAAAACUCAUAGAUCCUGGGAGUUUCAUCAUAUCUUGCACCAUAGGCAACAUGACCUUGGAAAAAGCUCUUUCUGACUUAGGAUCCAUCAUCAAUUUUAUGCCCCUCUCACUAAUGAAAAGGCUUACAAUAGAGGAAGUCAAACCCACCAAAAUGUCACUUCAAAUGGUUGAUAGAUCACUCAAUAUACCAAAUAGAGUUGUAGAAAAUUUAUUGGUGAGGAUUGGAGAAUUUAUUUUCCCUGCUGACUUUGUUAUCUUGGACAUGGAAGAAGAGGGACACAGUUCAAUUAUAUUGGGACGACCUUUCUUGGCAAUAGCAAGAGCCAUCAUUAAUGUGGAGAAAGGUGAAAUGACCCUCAUGGUGCAUGAUGAAAAAAUGAUCAUCAAUGUCUUCAAGGCCAUGCAAUAUUCUCUUGAGAAGGAAAAGCACAUGAGAGUGGAAAUGAUACAAGAAGUGGAAGAGGAGUUACUGGAUGCCAACAACUAG